AUGUUCGGCACUCGCUCCCGUUCUCGCACAACGCGCCACACGACCCACCACUCGACUAGGACGCGCUCGACACACCAGCGCCGCGGGCUAUUCAAUCAUAAGAAGAACCCGAACCGCCGUGCAGCAGGGUACAAAGCUGCACUAUCGAACCCAAACACGACGCACGAAGGACGUAAACACGCCAAGCGCGAACUUAAGCGAAUGGGUCGCGGAAACGAGACACAUGUGUCCCUGGGAACCCGCAUCAAACGCGCUCUUGGAAUUCGGUCGACCCCUCGUCGGCACCAAUACUAA